AUGACAUCGGGAGGCGGCCCGCAGAACUUCGAGAUCGAUUACACAUCGACGACGCGGAACGACCGAAGGAGGGAUCCGACCUCUUCUCUAUUUUUUGUAUGCCAGAUUGCCAACACUUUACCGGUACGGCGCGAGGACGGAUUUGAGGAGUGGCGAAGGUCCUCCCCUCCUGAGAUGACGCUCGAUGCCCGAAUCAACGAACUCCGUUCUGAAGCUGAAAGCCUUGAGGCUAUAGCCAAAAAUAUAGGUAAGGCUUCUCUCCCAGGUGUCGUCAUAGCGUGGGAGAGAGCGACCGAUUUGGCCGAACAACACUACGGGAAUCUUGAUCAAAAGACUUUGGAGAUACGUGAACGCCUAGCCGCAAGCCUUAUGAAGGCUGGAGACUUCCAGAAGGCGAUUGUGUGUGGACUGGAGAACGAGCAACGUACGCUCGAGCGCUACAGACGGGACCGGGGUUCUUCUCGCGAAAUUAGCGCCCCGGCACGGGCGUCCAAGGAAAACCACCUGGAGGCUCAAAGACAAUUAGCGCGGGCGUACUUAGAGAGCAAAGACUACAAGAAUGCGAUCACAAAGUUCCGGGCAGUUGUCGAAGAUAACAUCAUAUCGAAGUCGGCGGAACAAAGAUGUAUGGACCGGGUGGAUCUUGCAGCGGCCAUGUACGAACUUGGUACAGACCGCGACAUUAUGGAAGCAAUAAAUCUGAACAUGACGACCUUGCAAAGAGCGGAGGCGAGUCUGGGAAAAGACCACAUUGAAUCCGUACAUGUAAGAUACAACCUAGGCAGAGAGUUGAGCGCUCUGAAGAAGUACGGCGACGCCCUGGAGAAAUUCAGCGAGGUGAUGGAGAUCCUCCAUUUGAAAAACUGCCAAGCCAGAUCAUCGCCCGAAUACCAACAGUAUCUAGAAGACACAGAGGACGCGGUUCGGACCUGUAAAAUCAAUAUCGACCGACAAAACUUGAAAGCAAGUCGGCGGGCUGACGCGGCAGUGGAAGAGAAAAGACGGAGAGAGGAGGUGCUCAAGGCGCAAGUGGCUGAGCAGAAGCGUCUGCAUGAGAUAGCUGAGCAAGAACGUUUACAAGAAGCUGCAGACCGAGAAGAACGGGCCAAGGUAAGACAGCAAGCUGCCGCGGCAGCGGAAGAGAGAAGACGGAGAGAAGUGCUCAAGACACAAAUAGAUGAGCAGAAACGUUUGAAAGAGUCUGCAGACCAGAAAGAGCAGGCUGACUUGAUACGAGCGCGCGAGGAAGAAGAGGCGAGAAGGAAGCAGAAGGAAAAGGACAGACGAGCGCGCAGAGCGAAAGAAGAAGAGAAGAAACAAAUAGCUGAACAGAAGCGUCUUAGAGAGGUUGCGGACCAAAAAGAGCAGGCUGACUUGGUACGAGCGCGCGAGGAAGAGGAGACGAAACGAAAGCAAGACGAGAAAGACAUACGAGCGCGCAAAGCAAAGGAAGAAGACAAGAAACAGAAAGAGCCAGGUAGGCAAGCAGCGCGAGAUGGAGAAACGGUGGCCAAAAGAAAAGCCAAAGACAUACAUCAAGCCGAGCAAACCCCAAUGCAAGAAGCAAGAGAGAAGAGAUGGAAAGGGAAGGAGACAGCGAAGCAACCAGCAGCGGAAAGCUCAAGGACAAGAGAAGAAAAAACCUUGGAGAAGCCGGAGGCAUCGAAAGCGGAGAAGAAAGAUCGCCGUAAUGAGGAUCAGAAGAAGAAUGCAGACCGGAAAAAGAUUGGGGAGGAACCGAUGAAGCGUCCGGAAGGAGAAAACACAAGACCGAAAAGUCGUGGGCAAGAUACGAAUAAGCAGCAAGACAAGAAGACUCCAGACAAGAAAGAAACCCGGGAGCCUUCGGGUACAGACAGAGCAACGAGACGGGAGUCCGAAAAGAAUUCUGGGCCCAAGGCGCAAGCCAAACCACUGGAGAAGCAGCCUCCAGAACCGAAAAAGGAGCGUAAAGAAAAAGAUGAGCACCAGAAGACGGGAAGGAGGAGCCCCAGAAUAGACCCAGUCGAUACACCAGUGGCGCAAACCCAGGACCCUUUGGGUGCAGACAGAGAAACGAGACAGGAGACUGUAAAAGGUUCAGCCAAACAACAGGAGAAGCAGCCUCCAGAGUCACAGAAAGAUCGUCAAAAGAAAGACGAGCACCGGAAGGUCGAAAAGAAGAGCCCCAAGACGGAUCCAGCCGAGAUACCGGUGGCGCAACAUCCACCUCUACCAACACACAAAGCCCAGAGUGAGGUAUUGCCGAACGCGAUAUCCCGCAAAAGCGAAAGUUCGACUCUUCCCAAGUCUACCACUGCUCUGCCAGCGAAGAUUGAGGCGGUCUCAACGCCGGUGAGCGGCGCAAAAGCGAGUCCGACACAUCAGGUGAAGUUUUCCCCUGCGAUAGAGAUCAUUGUACACAACCAGAGUUCCUCGAGGGAAGACUCUUCACGUUCGAGUGUGAACCCCAGAAAAAGAGAGACUACAGAAGAGCCAUCGUCUAAGCAAACACCACCCGAGAUUCACCGUGUGUCCAGGAAAAGUAUCCCCCCGGCAAACCCAGCGGGUGAGGAGAACAUAUUGCAACAGUUGGAUGCGCUUGCAAAGGCUCUGAAGGGGCUUGAGGCACAUAAUGAAGAGCUGGGCAACGCUAGUUCUGCUGUUGAGUGGCAAAGUACAACACUUGGAAAGGAAAGGUCCCUUCGAGCAGUGUCACCAGCAGAAGAUGCACACCCACAAUCGAGCGCGCAGCGCGAGAAUUCGGCUAAGGAGCAGCUGCCGGAAUGCAGUAAUCGAUCUCCAGCACCGGGAGUGCACUCUGAGCAAACCACAGGUCAAUCUAGCAGGAUAAACAACGAACCUGCGACAGAUCAAAUAGUUCGCACCUCAAUGUCGUGGCUAGGGAAGCAGACCAAACAGAUGGUAGACCUGCUGGUUCCAACAGCUUCGCCGCGUGUUCCAAUCACGCCCAGAACGAUCUCUGAGUCCUUCGUGUCGAGAAAAGAGCCAGAGCAAGGAAGCAGUACUCGUGACGCUGAGAUAUGGUUCGACACACAAUCUCAGCCUCAUGUACGAUCUGAAUCUGUUCCAAUCAUCCACCAAGAGACGUCCAAGGCCGAUGCAAGGGACAGCUUCGUGCCCGGUGGGUGGCAUCAAGACUUUGAUGAUCCAGGCCCUCUCCAUGGAUUGAGAAAGAUCCGUUCCAACGACCAACCAGGCCAAAAUGGCUUGCGGGUAGUGCAGACAGAAGACGUAAGACACAGGCGCGCCUCAUCCGUAAACACAUUGAGGAGAAGUAUUUCCGAAAUGAGUAGUGCGCCAAUCCAGAACUGGAGCGCCCAAGAUGAAGUCAUAGCCGAUGGUUGGUUCGAAGACCUACGUGACCAUGCCCAUGUACUGCUGGACAGGUAUAAGGGCGACUCUUAUAAGGCGAAGAAGACAGAACGACGCGUAAAGAUCGCUGUACUCGACAGUGGCGUGGCUAAGAGCGCCACCCAGGGCCGAGUUCCGCAUCUGAUGAAGAGUCCACGAGUGAAAUUAGGAAAGCAGCUAGAUCCGUCUCUGCCCUGGAACUGUGACAGCAAAGGCCAUGGUACCCAUGCUGUCGGUGUGAUCCUCACUGUCUGCCCGUACGCAGACGUGUAUGUAUACAGGGUCUGCGAAGGCACCGAAGCAAUCGACAGGAAGUACGUAGCGGAGGCCAUCAAUGACGCUGUCGAGAAGAAGAAGGUCGACAUCAUCAGUAUGAGUCUAGGCUGGAACGAGGACAGUGAUUACGAACUUCGAGCGGCGAUUAGACGUGCUAGAGCUAGCAAUGUUCUACUCUUCGCGGCGAGCUCGAACGAAGGCAUCCGAACGAAAGCCGGCAUGUCGUAUCCAGCUCGAGCUUUGGAAGUUAUCGCGGUCGAUGCAGCAGAUGUUCAUGGUAACCCGUCCAAGUUCAACCCUCCACAACUCAGCCACAAAGCCAGAUUUACUGCCCUGGGCGAAGCAGUAAGGUCUGCGUACCCUACACACCUUCCUUCUGAGGAUCCACAUGAGGGGUGGAAGAGAAUGGUAGGAACAUCCUGUGCCACUCCUAUCGCCGCCGGCAUUGCGGGACUAGUACUAGAAUUUGCCCGUCAACGACCGCUUUGCUUCGAGCCUGCCAUCGAAACCUACCUAAAGUCCGUAGAGGGUAUGAGACUGAUCUUGACGAAAUGCCUAUCGCUCAAGUAUGCAGACAGUUCGCCCUUCAACCAUCUCGACCCAACGAUAUUAUUCCAUUGUACCGAAAGAUACGAUGACGGUGGUAGCUUUUCCGAAUCUAUGUGUCCGCGACACAACGCAGCAUACAACAUCGUGUCGAGGCUUCGCGAAGAGUUCUCGCAGGAUAUAGGCGACCAGAUGCUGACGGCAUUGCAGAUGGAAUUGCAAAAAGAAUGGGCUAUACGCGUUCAGAGUAGAUCAGAAGAGAAUUGA